AUGCAAUUAAGAGAAGAAACUAUAAAGCAGUUAUAGAAUAUAUAAGACCCUUAUUUAUUAUAAAGACAAAGACAAAUAGAUGUAAAGAGAAAGUAUGAAUAAUUAUUGGCUUAAGUCAAUAUAUUAUAUGAUGAACAAGGAAAAGAACUUCAAUAUUCAAUAGAUUUCUAGCGUUUCAUUCAUUUUUAUAAAUUUCUUGCUCGUCGACCAGAUACUGAAUAAUCUAAUUAAUCUAUUGUCAAUAGAUUACAAUUAUGGGUUCCAGACACUAUUGUUUUGAAUGAUCGUGAAAUGCCAAAUUAUUGGUUAUAUUCAGAUUCUAGAGGAUAUGUUUUUAGAACAGAUACAUUUACAUCCAAAAAUGUUGUAAGUAAAUUAGCUAAUUACACUUCUCCAGAUGAAUUAGUUGCAGUUAUUAAAAAAUAAUAAUUCAGGAACAUGGAAUUAGUUGGCAAUGAAAUUAAAUUAGUAUGUUGUAGAGAUUUAUAAACCUAAAUCAAUGCAAAUUUCUCUAAUCGACUUGAUCUUACACUUAUAUAAAAAUUCGUUAAAAGUAAUGGUCCUAAAGCAUUUAUUUGUAGAACUGUUUGGCGUAAAGAUAAAAAUCCAUAUUGUUAUAUAGUAACUAAUAAAGAAGAUUACUUUUCAUAAUCAAUAAAUCCUAAAUCUGAAUUCACGAAAUAUAUUACAAAUGUAAAUCAACAAAAUUCUUGUACAAUAGUUAAUACUUGUCGUGGGAAAUAUGUUGAUGAAACAGUUCCAUAUAUCAAAAAUAUUCUAAAUUAUAUUUAUAUUCAUUUGCAUGUUUCAUUUAAAGAAUUUGCAGCUGAUUUUAUAAAAGAUGAAAGUGGAAUUUGGUGGUUUAUAAAUGUAAAAGGAUUUAUUAUUGAUAAAAGUCCAGAUAAAAUAUUGUGGAAAUCAAUAACUCAUUAUGGAGAGAAUAUACAUGAAGAAGGAUCAUCUUCUCCUAUAUAAUAAUAAAUAGUAUAAGUUCUAACUCCAAAAAAUAAAACAAAAGUUGCAGAUAUGUGUUAAAAACAAAAGAUUUGUAAAUAUUGUGAACAAUCUUAUCCAGAAUAAUAUCUAUAAUAUAAAAUGACAUUAAAAAUGAUAAUUUAAACUGAUAAACAUCUUUAUUGGAGGGGUAAAAUAUUUAAUUGGAUUGAACGAUCAGAUAUAACUAAUUUAGAAGUUAGUAAUCUCUAUCAUGAACAUAAAGUUUGCAAAUAAUGUUAUACACUUUAUAAAGAAACUGAAAAAUUAAUUGAACUACAAUUAUAAUUUAAUAAAUAAUUAGGAUUACCUAGUGAUUCUAAUACAAUGAAUUAAAUGUUAACACUUAAAGCAAAUUAAGUGAAUAAUGAAUCUGUAAAAUCUGGGUUAGAUGAAUCAAAAUAAGUUUUUAAUAUUUCUGCAACUAAACAACUUAUACUAAAUAAUUAAUCCAUUCCUAUGAUUCAUAAUACUAUUAUUAAAACACUUAAUCGUUUUAGAUUUAUGAUUUUAAUCCAUUCUAUAAGAGAUGUUCCAUAAAAUGUAGACCUAUCUAAACAUUAUUAUAUUGAAUGUAAUAUAUUUGAUUAGAAAUUCAAAAUUAAAUUGGAUCUUAUCGCUGGAUAACUUUUUGAUAAAGGUUAUUUUUUGACUCUUAAUCGUAUGCGUUUAUUUUACUUUUUUAGUGAUUAACGUAAAGAUUGGGUUGAAUAUGUAAAUUAAUUAAAAGUACUUCCAAUGUAUCUUUAUUAAGACAAUGCUAAAAUUGGCACUUUGGAAAUUGAAUUAUAAGAUCUCCUUUCAGAAAGAGUCAUUAGAAAAGAGUUUUUGAAAGUUUUUAGUGUUAAAGAUAGCUAUCCAAUUUUAAGUUGGUCAUUAAAUGUAAAUAAUUAUUCUAUAAUCUAUUAAGUUAACUUUAGGAUUAGUUGAUUCAGGUCCUGUUAAUGUUACUAGAAUCAAAUUAUAAGAACAUUUUGGAAUCUAAAUACCUAAUCCUGAUUAUUGUACUUGUGAACCACUCCCUGCUGAAUGGAUGACUAUUCUAGAAUAAAAAAAAGAUAUUGAUUUACAUAGAAGUGAAAGAUAAAUGACUAAUCAAACAUUAAAAAGAGUCUCAACUGCUCAUGCUAAAUUAUAAAAAAGUAGAUUUGAAGCAUCAUCUUUACAUUAAGAUAUGGAAUCAUUCAAUGAUUCAACUAAAGAAUUAUAUAGUCAACUUAAUCUUAAAAAAGAAAUAUAAUUAUAUGAAAUUGAUGAGGAUGAACGUAAAAAUAAAAAAAGAAGAUUAUUUUAAUAAUAUGAUUUAUGA